GGCGGCGGAGGAGGAGGGCCGGGCUUGGCGGCCUGGGUACCCGGCUUGGGGCCGGGGCGGUGGGAACUAGUAGGCACUGGUGGUCGCCCAGGCGAUCGCGUGGCGGGUGAUCAGGUCCCCUGGUUGUCCGGCCUGGGCCCCGGGAUCCGGCCGCCCCUGGCCGGAGUGGGCGGUUCUCGGCCCGGCCUGGGCCGCGGGCGCCGGGGCCGCCAGCUCCCGCCGCAGCCACCAUGUGGUGCCUACACUGCCAUUCGGAGCGGACCCAGUCUCUGCUGGAGCUGGAGCUUGACAGCGGUGUGGAGGGCGAGGCCCCCAGCAGUGAGACCUGCACAUCAUUGGACAGUCCCUCGGCCUAUCACCAGGACCCCUUAGCACCUGGCUCCAGCCUGAGCCCGGACCAUUACGAGCACACGUCUGUGGGUGCCUAUGGGCUGUACUCAGGGCCACUGGGGCAGCGCACACGGAGGCCCAAGCUGCAGCACUCGACCUCCAUCCUGCGCAAGCAGGCCGAGGAGGAGGCCAUCAAGCGCUCACGUUCCCUCUCUGAGAGCUAUGAGCUCUCCUCGGACCUGCAGGACAAGCAGGUGGAGAUGCUAGAACGGAAGUAUGGGGGACGCCUCGUGACCCGCCAUGCAGCCCGCACCAUCCAGACAGCCUUCCGCCAGUACCAGAUGAACAAGAAUUUUGAGCGCCUGCGCAGCUCCAUGUCGGAGAACCGUAUGUCCCGCCGGAUUGUGCUGUCCAACAUGAGGAUGCAGUUCUCCUUUGAAGGGCCUGAGAAGAUGCACAGCUCCUACUUUGAAGGGAAGCAGGUCUCAGUGACCGAUGACGGCUCUCAGCUAGGGGCCCUGGUGCCAUCUGAGGGCAGUGACUUUGGUGAGCCACCAUCCCUCAAGUCUUCAGCCCCAUCCAGUGAUUUCGCAGAUGCCAUCACUGAGCUGGAGGAUGCCUUCUCCCGGCAAGUGAAAUCCCUGGCCGAAUCCAUCGACGAUGCCCUCAACUGCCGCAGCCUUCAUGCUGAGGAAACGCCAGUCCCUGACACAGGGCGAGCCCGGGACACUGAGCCCCAGGCAGCCCUGCACACUGUGGACCACCACAAACUGGAUGAGAUGACAGCCUCGUACAGUGACGUCACCCUGUAUAUUGAUGAGGAGGAAUUGUCACCGCCUCUGCCCCUCUCCCAGGUGGGGCACCGGUCAUCCAGUGCUGAGUUAGACCUGCAACUGCGGGCUGGGGGUGCCGCCCAGGAAUACUGGGCCCUGGCUCACAAGGAUGACAAGGGGGACACAGACACAAGCUGCCAGAGCACACCGUCGCUUGAGCAGCAGGAGCAGCGGCUGCGGGUGGAGCACCUCCCACUGCUCACCAUCGAGCCUCCCAGCGACAGCUCAGUGGACCUCAGCGACCGCUCGGAACGUGGCUCACUCAAGAGGAAGAGUGCCUAUGAGCGCAGUCUCAGUGGGCAGCAGGGCAGCCCCAAGCCCGGCCCCCACUGUGGCCCCCCUAAGGGCCUGCCCCGGGAGGAGCCAGAGUUGCGAGCCCGGCCUUCCAGGCCCCUCGAUAGCCACCUGGCCAUCAAUGGCUCAGCCAACAGGCAGAGCAAGUCUGAGUCAGACUACUCAGAUGGGGACAACGACAGCAUCAACAGCACUUCCAAUUCCAAUGACACCAUCAACUGCAGCUCUGAGUCGUCAUCCCGCGACAGCCUGCGGGAGCAGACGCUCAGCAAGCAGACCUACCACAAGGAGACCCGCAACAGCUGGGAUUCACCUGCCUUCAGCAACGAUGUCAUCCGUAAGAGGCACUAUCGCAUUGGUCUCAACCUCUUCAACAAGAAGCCUGAGAAGGGCAUCCAGUACCUCAUUGAGCGUGGCUUUGUGCCAGACACACCAGUGGGAGUAGCCCACUUCCUGUUGCAACGCAAGGGCCUGAGCCGGCAGAUGAUUGGCGAGUUCCUGGGCAACAGGCAGAAGCAAUUCAACCGCGAUGUGCUGGACUGCGUGGUGGAUGAGAUGGACUUCUCUGCCAUGGAGCUGGACGAAGCCCUCAGAAAGUUCCAGGCGCAUAUCCGGGUCCAGGGGGAGGCGCAGAAGGUGGAGCGGCUCAUCGAGGCCUUCAGCCAGCGGUACUGCAUCUGCAACCCUGGGGUGGUGCGGCAGUUCCGGAACCCAGACACCAUCUUCAUCCUGGCCUUCGCCAUCAUCCUGCUCAACACAGACAUGUACAGCCCCAACGUCAAGCCUGAGCGCAAGAUGAAGCUGGAGGACUUCGUCAAGAACCUCCGAGGUGUAGACGAUGGUGAGGACAUUCCCCGAGAGACACUGAUUGGUAUCUAUGAACGGAUUCGCAAGCGGGAGCUGAAGACCAAUGAGGACCACGUGUCCCAGGUGCAGAAGGUGGAGAAGCUUAUCGUGGGGAAGAAGCCGAUUGGAUCCCUGCAUCAUGGGCUUGGCUGUGUUCUCUCUCUGCCUCACCGGCGGUUGGUCUGCUACUGCCGACUCUUCGAGGUUCCAGACCCAAAUAAGCCCCAGAAACUCGGACUGCAUCAGCGAGAAAUCUUCCUGUUUAAUGACCUCCUAGUGGUCACCAAGAUCUUCCAGAAGAAGAAGAACUCGGUGACAUACAACUUCCGACAGUCUUUCUCCCUGUACGGCAUGCAGGUCCUGCUCUUCGAGAGCCAGUACUACCCCAAUGGCAUCCGGCUCACGUCUGCAGUCCCUGGAGCAGACAUAAAAGUGUUAAUAAACUUCAAUGCUCCCAAUCCUCAAGACCGGAAGAAAUUCAGCGAUGACCUGAGGGAGUCCAUUGCGGAGGUGCAGGAGAUGGAGAAGCACAGGAUAGAAUCGGAGCUUGAGAAACAGAAGGGUGUUGUGCGGCCCAGCAUGUCCCAGUGCUCCAGCCUCAAAAAGGAGUCUGGCACUGGGACACUGAACCGAGCCUGCCUGGACGACAGCUACGCCAGCAGCGAGGGCCUCAAGCGCAGUGCCCUCAGCAGCUCCCUGAGGGACCUCUCAGAAGCUGGGAAGCGAGGGCGUCGCAGCAGUGCGGGAUCGCUAGAGAGCAAUGUGGAAGGGUCCAUCAUUAGCAGUCCUCACAUGCGCCGGAGAGCUACAUCAACACGCGAGUGUCCAUCUCGCCCACACCAGACUAUGCCUAAUUCAUCCUCCCUCCUGGGCUCCUUAUUUGGGAGUAAAAGAGGGAAGCCCCCUCCUCAGGCUCACCCACCCUCAGCCCCUCCCCAGCCACCCCCACACCCUUUAGGCCUGCCCCACCCGCAGCACUCCAUGGUGGGCCACCACCAGGGGCCUGCAGAGGGCCCUCCGCAGGUCCCGACGCAUGGGCACCAUACCCAGUACUGCCACGUGCAGCAGAACCCACCCCCCUACCACCACCACCACCACUACCACCCACCCCAGCACAUCCAGCAUGCACACCAGUACCACCAUGGCCCCCAUGGGGGGCACGUGCCCUACGGGGCCCACACGCACAGCCACCCACCACUGCCCUUGGCCCAUGCCAGCCAUCCAGGCCACGCAGCACACCACCACGGGCAUUCCUCCGCCCCACCGCCCCCUCCCAGCAACAAGGCCAAACCCAGUGGCAUCAGCACAAUUGUGUAGACAGCUUGGGCCAGGGUCCCAGACUCCCCGGAACAAGUGCACACCACACAGGCACGCCUGGGGCAGCCAGCCUCAGACCAAACCCAGGGCACUUCUGUUCCCAUCCUCCCAUUUUCCCACAGCCUGGACGGAACCCCUGAGCACAUGGGCUUGUGUUAUAGGGAGCAAAGCUCCUGAUUUAAUUUAGCAUUGGUGCCCUGGGCUCCAUCCACCUCAACCCCAAGGGGUGGGCCGCAGGCACUAUCAACCUUGAAACAGUACCUCCAGCCCAGGAGAUAUUGCCCCCCUCUUCUCCAGCUGUAGCCCUCAGCUCUCUCCUCCCUAACUGUACAUAAAUAUGAAAAGCCUAGAAAAAGAAGAAACAAGACACACAAAAACAGAACAAAACAGAAAACCCAAAACUUGCUGCAUUAUUGCUCUUUUAUUGACAAUGGGCAAAAUUAAGUAGACCUGAUAUGGUUGAUGAAAAUACGUAAGUAAACUUUAUAUAAUAUAAAUAUAUAAAUAAAUAAAUAAAUAAAUAAAUAAAUAAAUACUGUAUAGGUAGUAUUUGUGUGUGAAAGGCAAACAUUUCAGUCCACAAAAUUAGCAAUAUAGACUUUACAAGGAGCUCCACAUACCUGAUAGAAAGACAGUACCUUAGAUGAAUGUGAGAGUAGACCAAAAAUCUAAAUGCUAAGGACAAACUCAGAUACUUCCAUAUUUUCAUAAAAAGCAGAGAAGUCCCUCUAGGACUAACUAUUCAUUACUUAUUCAGUCAUUACUAACUGUGCCAAGUAACAUAGCAUCUUACUAUUUAAAAAAAGUCCAAUAUCGCUUUAUAUAAAUCCUUAUUUUAUUAACAGAAUACUAUCAUAAGUAAUCAGUAUUAUAACUGCUCUGUUAUUUCAGGUAAGCAAAUAGAUAAAAUGCAGUAAACUACAGAGCAACUCAGGAUGGCUGGUUAAGAACUGGCUGUCUUAGAGUAUGGGUUACACACAUUCAUGACACUUGAAUAGCUGUGAUAACUGUGAAUUUCCAUGACCCAUGGUUCUUUUAUAUGCACAUGAUUUGAUGCACACUCAUUCAGAGUCCUCUGAGAGGGGCACCAUACACUGCAGACGUAUCAUCUCCAACAUGAAAAAGACCAGCUCUCAUCCUUGCCUCCCUCAGCGCCAUACUUCCUCAUCCUGUUUCCAACUGCAACAGGAGCCUCUUCCAAACCUGCAGGCUGAUGUUAGCAUUUAGCUACCCAGGGCGGUGUGUGUGUUCCUGUUUUAUUUUCUGAGUGGUGGCCAUGAUCAUUGUAACUUCAUGUAGCCAUGUGCUAGCAUAACCCCUGUGUCAUCACUGUGGCCCCUCUGAUCCCAGCUGACAAGUGCCCAGCCCUCACUGGUGAAGCCCCCGUUGCCUUGUCAUGGUCCAGUUAGCUGCCAGGGCAUCACAUGACUCUCAGCUGUGCUCUUGUUGCUUCUGUCUUGUGACACCAUCUGCUCCCCUGGGGCCGGGCGCUGCACGCGUCCGGUUCUGUGCCUGAGUCACAUGGGCCAUACUUUGUAGUUUCAGCCUUUCGCGACACUGCAGCCACCAGUGCUGUGUUCCUAAGCCGUGGGACCCGAGGACUGCCCAUGGCACCUGCCCAGGUGGAGAGCCCUUUCAGAAAGGGCGAAGCUAACACAGGACUGUGGGCUGCGGAGCUCCAUGCUCCUUGGAAGGAGUGGCGAGCUGUGGCCAGACGGCAGACGAC